AUGGCAGUGAGCUAUUGGUAUACUGGUAUACACUAUGCAGUCAGCUUGCUCCUGCCUUCGAAACUUCACCGUGAAGGGGAGGAAAAUGAAUUUGAGAUCUUGACGCUUCAAAAGAUAUGUGCUGAAUGGUGUCUUGCUGUCUUGCUCCAGUACAUCCACUUCUUACCUCUGUGCAAACGGAUGUCGGUGCUGGCAGGUGGCUGGCGAGGCGACUUGCCGAUGGUAAUGUCGGGUGGCGGACGCCGUUUGCAAAUGUUGCAUGUGCGGAAGAUAGGAGCAGUUCCCGCUGCCCACUUAAGGAUCGCUGAAGCAACAGUCCCAAGAGCAUGA